AUGGUUAUUUCACUACCAAAAUUAAAAUAUGCAUUUAAUGCAUUAUCACCCCAUAUAAGUGAGGAGACGUUGAAUUUUCAUUACAACAAGCAUCAUAUGGGAUAUGUAAAUAAAUUAAAUGGAUUAAUUAAAGAUACCCCAUAUGCUAGUAAAUCAUUAAUUGAAAUACUAAAAGAAUCGACAGGUGCAAUUUUUAACAACGCUGCUCAAAUAUGGAAUCAUAGUUUUUAUUGGGAUUCCAUGGGACCAAACUGUGGCGGAGAACCUCAUGGAGAAAUUAAAGAAAAAAUUCAGGAAGAUUUUGGAUCUUUUAAUAAUUUCAAAGAUGAAUUUUCAAAUAUAUUAUGUGGUCAUUUUGGGUCAGGUUGGGGUUGGCUAGCUUUAAAUAAUAAUAAUAAAUUAGUAAUAUUACAAACGCAUGAUGCGGGAAAUCCAAUAAAAGAUAAUACUGGAAUUCCUAUACUAACAUGUGAUAUUUGGGAGCAUGCUUACUAUAUUGACUAUAGAAACGAUAGGGCUGCCUAUGUUAAGGCAUGGUGGAAUUUAGUUAAUUGGAAUUUCGCCAACGAAAACUUGAAAAACGCUUUACAGAAAUAA